CCUUCCUCCCUGCCUACCUCUUGUCCUCCCCCCCAUACCACCACCACCCUGGCUCCCCUCCCUCAUGACCGCCUGGAUCCUCCUCCCUGUCAGCCUGUCUGCCUUCUCCAUCACCGGGAUAUGGACUGUGUAUGCCAUGGCCGUGAUGAACCGCCACGUGUGCCCUGUGGAGAACUGGUCUUACAACGACUCCUGUUCUCCUGACCCCGCUGAACAAGGGGGCCCCAAGACCUGCUGUACCCUGGAUGAUGUCCCCCUCAUCAGCAAGUGCGGCACAUAUCCCCCAGAGAGCUGCCUCUUCAGCCUCAUUGGCAACAUGGGUGCUUUCAUGGUGGCCCUCAUCUGCCUUUUGCGCUACGGGCAGCUCCUAGAACAGAACCGGCACUCCUGGGUUAACACCACUGCGCUCAUCACGGGCUGCACCAACGCCGCGGGCCUUGUGGUGGUCGGCAACUUUCAGGUGGAUCAUGCCAAGUCUCUGCACUACGUUGGCGCUGGCGUGGCCUUCCCCGCGGGGUUGCUGUUUGUGUGCCUGCACUGUGCCCUCUCCUACCACGGGGCUGCCACGCCCCUGGACCUGGCUGUGGCCCACCUGCGAAGUGUGCUGGCUGUCAUCGCCUUCAUCACCCUGGUCCUCAGUGGUGUCUUCUUUGUCCACGAAAGCUCGCAGCUGCAGCAUGGGGCGGCCCUGUGUGAGUGGGUAUUCGUCAUCGAUAUCCUCAUUUUCUAUGGCACCUUCAGUUAUGAGUUCGGGGCCAUCUCCUCAGACACACUGGUGGCUGCGCUGCAGCCUGCCCCUGGCCGGGCCUGCAAGUCCUCCGGGAGCAGCAGCACCUCCACCCACCUCAACUGCGCCCCCGAGAGCAUUGCCAUGAUCUGAAGCCUGAGGAGGGUGGCUGGCCUAGCCUCCGCAGCAACACCCCUGCCCCAUUCCCUGCAUUUAUUUUGUACCCUUUUUUGGGGGAAAAGUAUUCUGUCAGGAUCUGGGCUCCUCACUUGCGGAGAAGUGGGCAGCCCGCAUCUACCUGUGCCAUAGAGGACCAGUCCCUGCUGGCUGCCUCACCUGCAGGACCUGCUCCCCCACACCAAGGAGACAUUGUUCUGUGUUGAAAGAUCACCUGUCCUCACUCACCCAGCCAGCCCUUCAGGUGCCUUCUACCUCCAGUGCCCGAGCCAGAUCACUGGGGGUUUCUGCUGCAGGAAUCGGGGAGGGGCUAGGACCAACAGGUUGGUGGGGAGGGGAUUAAGGUCUAGUGGGGGUUGGGGCACAUCUUAGUUGGAUGGGAAAGCCCACUCUGGGCCCACUGAGCUACACUGGGAUUCUUCACUCUGCCUCUCACUUCCUUUAAGGCAAAUAACACAGCAGAACCACGUGGGUAUUUUAGUACUUUUUUUUUAUACCUAUUAAAAAGAACUCUAAUUUG